AUGGAGUCUCCGACAGAGCUAGACCUCGACAACCUUCGGGCCAUCAAAGUACUGGGCAAAGGUGCCAUGGGAACUGUCUUCCUCGCCCAUCAUCUUUCAACUGACCCCUCCGCUCUCUCCCCUUUCGCCCUCAAGGUGGUCGACAAGUCCCUCUCCUUCGCCGCCGAUGCCGACCGCCGUGCCCGCUGGGAAAUCUCCGUCCUCUCCCGCUUCCGCCUCCACGAUCCGCUCCACCCCUUCCUCCCCUCCCUCCUCGGCUCCUCCGAGAACGCCGACAUUCUCUGCUGGGCGGUGCCGUACUGCCCCGGCGGCGACCUCAACGUCCUCCGCCACCGUCAGAACGACAGCGUCUUCUCCCCCUCCGUCAUCCGCUUCUACCUCGCCGAAAUCAUCCUCGCCCUCCAGCAUCUCCACGGGCUGGGCAUUGUUUAUCGUGAUUUGAAGCCGGAAAAUAUCCUCAUUCAGCAGUCCGGCCACGUCACGCUAACGGAUUUCGAUCUUUCUCGAAGCUUGACUCCGAAAAAGCUCGACCCGGACCCCCUCCAUGUCGCCUGCUCGGAGCCUGAAACGGAUUCCGAUCUUUCUAGAACCUUCACCCGCUUCGUUUGUCCUAGAAAGAAGAAGAACGUUAAUAACCAGAAAGGAUUAAGGAAAGCAAAGAGCGCACGCGUUUCUCCGGUGAGCAGAAGGAACCCGGGAUCAUUCUACGAGCGCUCCAAUUCCUUUGUCGGAACAGAGGAAUACGUCGCGCCGGAAGUUGUGAGAGGAGACGGCCACGAAUUCUCCGUCGACUGGUGGGCUCUCGGAGUGCUCUGCUACGAAAUGCUGUACGGAAAGACGCCGUUCCGGGGAAAGAACAGAAAGGAUACGUUCAAGAGAAUCUUGAUGAUGCAGCCGGAGUUCAUGGGAAAGCAGCCAAACGCCUUAACGGACUUGAUCGGAAAGUUGCUGGAGAAGGACCCCACGCGCCGGCUGGGUUACCGGAGAGGCGCGUCAGAGAUCAAGGAGCACGAGUUCUUCCGUGGGCUGAGGUGGGAUUUGCUGACGGAAGUUGUACGGCCGCCGUUUCUGCCGUCGAAAGACGAGACGGAGCUGACGGAGGAAGUGAAGAAAGGCGGGAUUGACAUCCGGGAUUACUUCGACAAAUUGAAGGCUCCGUCGUCACCGUUAUGGUCGCCGUCACUGGAUGAGCAAAGACAUAACGUUUCGCUAACGGAGUUCUAACUCACGUGUAAAGAGUGUUGGAUCAUUAAUGUUAUUUUCUAUUUUUAUUUUUUAAAAAAGUAGAUUAAUGUAAAUAAAAUAAUUGUAGGACUUGAUAAACGGCGUUAUUUAAGAAUUGCUGUUAGCGAUUAUAGAAACAUAAUGAUUAAACAGUCAUAAUGUAUUUUAACUGUUUUUAAUUAGAUUAAUUAAUGAAAUAUGGGUGUACACACGCGCCUGUGGUGGCGCGUGAUAAACAAUCGGCUCAGUGCGGGAGGAAUAAAGUUGUUUAGAGUGAAGGCUAAAAAUGAGAUUUUGGUUCUCUUGAUAUUUACGGUUUUGGACAAAAAAAUGAUUAAAUGAAUGUAUCAAAUUAUAAUUAUGUUUAUUUUUGAAGAAAAGAAUUUUGCUUUUCCUUAAA